AUGAAAGCAGAUGUAGUUUGUAAAAUAUUUAAACAAGACGAUGUUAAUGCAAUUCAACAUGAAAUAAAAAUACAAAUUAGAGGACACGUUUGUGACAAUAUUAUUCGUUUUUUGGGAAUUACUCGUGGAUGUGCAAAAAUAACUGAUUUUGGACACUCUAAAAGUUCGGAAACGCAAACAAUAAUCCACGAUAAAGCUUUUGGAAUGCUUCCAUAUAUGGCGCCAGAAUUUUUAAAUACUAAUAAUCAACGUCCACCAUAUUCAGUUAAAACCGAUAUUUAUAGUCUUGGAUUUUUAUUUUGGAAGAUAUCAAGCGGACAUCCACCAUUUUCAAAUAAUUCAGACGACUAUUUAUUACAUUUUCAAAUUAUUAAAGGAAUGAGAGAAGAAAAGGUUCCUGAUACACCAGAUGAUUAUUGCGAACUUUAUAAUUCCUGUUGGGAUAAAAUUCCAGAAAACAGACCUAAAAUCGAACAUGUUUAUUUAUGGUUAAAAGAUAUUAUUAACUCGCAUAGAAUCAUAAAUAAUGCACAACCCACAAUUAAAAAUCAAAAAGAUAAUGAAAUUGAAUCAACUGUGUGUAAUUUACUUGAAAAGAAUAAAACCACUUAA